GAGUGCAGGACCUUGAACCUGGGUCUUCCACAGCAGAGAAGGCUGGGGAGGAACCGUCCGAGGAGAAGGGGGUGGAGGAAGAGGAUGACGAGGCUUCCACCAUGUCGGAGGGCUCCGAGGCUCCGGACUACGAGGCGGCGGGCACCAGGGCUGGGCUGGAGAGUGACGGCAAAGCAGCCCCCGCCGAGCAGAGCCAGAUGAACGGGGACUGUAAGGACAGCAGGCGUGGGAAGGACUGCCCCGCGGGGGGUGGCCACGCCAGGGACUUGCACCCCCCAGAGGAGCACUCCCCGGACAAGGGCUCCGAGCGCCCCCACCGCGAAGGCAGCGAGAGGCGUCAUGCCAAGGCCUGCUCCCCUGGGGAGAGCGCCUGCCAGCAGUUUGGAAUGGGCAAGAAGGAAGGGGCUUCCUAUGGGCAGCCAGACAGAGCAGUCUCUCCAGCUGUUGCGGGCGCUGACCCCCCUGUGCCCUUGUCCCCCGGGCGGCCCGGCAUCCAGGCAGCAGAUGGGACACCGUUCAGCUGCGUCUCGGUGAAGAAGGAGAAGCCCUCGGACCCCGUGGAGUGGACAGUGAUGGACGUGGUGGAUUAUUUCACAGAGGCUGGAUUUGCAGAGCAGGCGUCGGCCUUUCAGGAGCAGGAGAUUGACGGGAAGUCCCUUCUGCUCAUGCAGCGCACGGACGUCCUGACCGGGCUGUCCAUCCGCCUGGGCCCCGCACUGAAGAUCUACGAGUACCACAUCAAGGUGCUGCAGCAGAGCCACUUCGAGGAGGACGAGGUGGACUCCUUCCUGGGCUGAGCAGAGAGACGGGGGGAUCGCAGCCAGGGCCGAGGGGGACUGUGCCAGCAGCCACCGCCUCCUGCCGUCCCCUCCCUGCCUGCUGCACCCCUUCCCCUGGGCAUCUUGGGAAUCAGCCCUCCCAGCAUCCCUGUCUCCAUGGAAACGGACGAUGGGGGGAGAGGAUGGGGGGUGUCAAUCAGCCUUGGGCUUUUGGUGUAGGGAGGAGAGGAGCCAGGAAAGGACCUGGCGUCCUAGCUCCAUCCCCCCUCCCAAGUGGCUGGCGAGAGCUAGGAAAAGCUGUGGUGGGGAGGGAGUGAAGGAGUAGGAUUCAGAUGAGGGGUUUACAGGGUUGUUUCUUUGCAGGGGGGGGGGAAUCGGUGCCUAACAUUGCCCCCCCCACUCCUCCACUGUGUUUAGUCCCUUGGUUAGUCUCACAUCGUAGCAGCGUUGUCCAUUUCAAGCUGGGGGAGGUGGGAGAGGUAGACUUUUUGCUCAUUUCAUGUCCAAGAAAUGCCUGAAGACUUGGGCGGGGGGCAUCUUUUAGCCCCCUCUUCCCGGUCUUAGGACAUGGCACUCUGGUUUUCUCUCCUCUCCACAACAUCUGGUCUCCCUGCUGUCCAGAUAGCGUGGGGCAAGGAGUUUUUGGGGGUGGGUGGGGUACUUAGGGGUGCCCUGCAUCAGGGGAAGGUUUUAACAGGGGAUCCUUUUUAUUCUCUGGUUUGUGGAGGAGGAGUAAAUUUUUUUUUUUUUUAACAUU